AUGUCUGAUGCUUGUGACCCCGGAGAGGGCAAGUGUCUUUCCUUGAUCACUAAAAGCAGCGUCUGGAAGCACGCCACGUGCGAAGAGAAGAGAAGCUACGUCUGCAAGAAGAUGAAAAAAGGAGUAGAAGAACCCCAAAUUGUGCCCUCAGCCAGCAAGUGUGCUCCCGGGUGGCUGGAGCACGGCACCAACUGCUACAAGAAGGUGGAGGAGCCCAACGGUUGGCUGGGGGCCUGGCACCACUGCGUCUGGGAGGGCGGCGACCUGCUCUCCAUCACCUCCUCGGCCGAGGAGGGCUUUGUGAAGGACACCAUGGGCAAGGACACCCGCUUCUGGCUGGGACUCUCCAACCUGAAAUGCGACGACGUCUGGUGUCGCUUUGAAGGCGGGAGCCAGAAGCUGACCUGGUCCGAUGGCGAGACAAUGGAUCACACCAACUGGGCCUCAAAAUUACUCGAAAGGUAA